GCAGUGGCGGGGAGAACAGUGCAAAACAAGAGGCUGGGGAUUGCGUUAGAGGUAAACCAUUUCGCCGCAGGAGCCCCUGAGUGAGGAGGAAGCACCGCGCCGGACUCCGUGUAGAACCCGAGGAGCUCCUAUAGCAGGUAGCGAGAAGCGGGUCAGGAUGGGUAAAGGAGACCCCAACAAGCCGAGGGGCAAAAUGUCCUCCUACGCCUUCUUCGUGCAGACGUGCCGGGAGGAGCACAAGAAGAAGCACCCGGACUCCCCCGUAAACUUCGCCGAGUUCUCCAAAAAGUGCUCGGAGAGAUGGAAGACCAUGUCUGCAAAAGAAAAGUCCAAGUUUGAAGACCUUGCAAAAGGAGAUAAAGCUCGGUACGAUCGGGAGAUGAAGAACUACGUUCCUCCCAAAGGUGAUAAGAAAGGAAAGAAAAAGGAUCCGAAUGCCCCCAAAAGACCGCCAUCUGCAUUCUUCCUCUUCUGUGCUGAACAUCGUCCAAAGAUCAAAAGUGAGCACCCAGGCCUUUCUAUUGGAGAUACUGCUAAGAAAUUGGGGGAACUGUGGUCUGAGCAGUCGGCCAAAGACAAACUACCUUAUGAGCAGAAAGUUGCUAAACUAAAGGAGAAAUAUGAGAAGGAUAUUGCAGCAUAUCGUGCCAAGGGCAAGGGAGAUGUAGGAAAGAAGGGCCCUGGCAGGCCAACAGGAUCUAAGAAGAAGAAUGAACCUGAUGAGGAGGAAGAAGAUGAAGAUGAGGAAGAUGAGGAUGAGGAGGAUGAUGAUGAAGAGUAAAUGAAUAUCCUGCUGUAAAGAUUUUUUGUGUGUGAUGAAACUCAUUGUUUUGCUAAGAAUGUGAACUCAAGUGCAGCUCAUUGUUAGCUUCAGUAUAAAAACUGUACAGACUUGUGUAUAGGUAAACGUGAUUGAUUCUUUGUAGGGAGAACCUCUAUUUUUUAAUGUAAGUAGGAGCUUUUGAGGGGCCACUCCAGAUAGAUUUUAAAGCUUCUGAUGUUGAAUGUUUCUGCAUAUUUAAUGGUUUCUUUUGAAUUUCUUGAACAGUGUAUUGUUGUAGUACAGUAAAGCCCUAGGAAGUAGUAUCAUAGCAAAUCUUAAGUUUUAUAGAACGUUACAUUUUGUUUUUCUAAGAUAAAAUAUUUUGUAAUAAAAUGAUGUACAUUA